AUGGGAGCAGACUUUCCUGUAACGGUGACGGGCGAUGUGGCCCGUGACGUGCUGAGUGGCGUCUGUUACGUCGGCGUCUGGAACAUGCCGGCCCUGCGCGGCUUCGUGCUGGCGCCGCUGGUCGUCUACCUGGCGCUGGGCACCGUCUUCCUGCUGGCCGGCUUCGUCUCCCUCUUCAAGAUCCGCACCAUCAUGAAGCACGACGGCACGCGCACCGACAAGCUGGAGAAGCUGAUGAUCCGCAUCGGCGUCUUCUCGGUGCUGUACACGCUGCCGGCCACGCUGGUGAUCGCCUGCUUGUUCUACGAGCAGGCGUUCCACGACCUGUGGACGCUCGGCUGGCAGGAGCAGCACUGCGGCCCGCGCUCAAAGUACGCCAUCCCGUGCCCGCCGCGCGCUGCCGCCGGGCCGCGGCCGCAGCCGCGCUUCGCGUUCUUCCUGGUCAAGUACGUGAUGCUGCUGAUCGUCGGCAUCACGUCCGGCUUCUGGGUGUGGUCGCGCAAGACGUUGCAGACGUGGGGCCGGCUGUGCGGCCGCGACCAGGCAACGCCCGCCUACCUGGGGCCGGACGGCCGCCCUGUCCGGCCGGGCCGAGUCUGAGCCGGCUGUGCGGCCGCGACCAGGCAACGCCCGCCUACCUGGGGCCGGACGGCCGCCCUGUCCG